GCAUAAUAAUAAUAAUUACAGUGUUGUCAUCAUUCUGAAAAAUAGGGGGAGGGGCUCAAACCUGCAAACGCCGUUGUAUUAGAAUCAAGUUGCGUCUAUUAACUGAAGCCAAGUGGAGCAGUCCUACUCUUCUCUUCUCCUUCCAUAGUUACCAGGUUACAUGGAUUAGGUAUUGCAACCCUUCACCACCUGUCCCCGGUUAGACUGGAAACCACGCACGAACAAUUGUCUUGACCAUCCAGAGAUUGUCUGGACCAUCUAUCCUCCUUUGAUCAAGACAACUGUCCUUAUUCCAUGCUGCAUGCACAUGCAUGGUUUGCUGGAGGUCGUGACAAGUAACCAGAAACUUCCUAACAUUCUCCCAGAAGGACGUCAUGGACUUGUCCCUCUCUCCCACGGUCACACUGACACCUGCCCUAGACCCACCUCAUCCCUCCCUCACACCUACACUACACAACAGUCACAGCUACCUACAAGUAUUGGCAAGUCUGGACAGACAUCGCCCACCCUCUGUUCACCAAGGCUCCUUUCCGAGAAGGAACGUCAAAUCAUCGCACACUCCCCAGAGAGAUGGUCUAAGCUUAGUUUAUUCACAGAGUUCAGUGCCAAGCAGCCAGGCUCUUCCUAAGCCAAUUAUUGUAACCACCCGAGAGAAACCAGGCAUCUUCUUCAAACCUAAGACAAUUCAGGUCGAUGGCAUUAAGAAACCCACCGCAUCAGUCAAAUUCCCUACACCAUUCAACCACAAAACCAAACAAGGAUCAAGCACUGUGCAGACAAAACUAAUAGCCCAAGCAAGCACUAAUAAAAUGACAGUCUCCAAACCACCGAGACCCCCCCAACUAUCUACCAGCUCUAGCCAGACACAGUCCCCUCUCCAAGACGUUAGACGUAUGAGCUCAGAGGAGCGCUCUCAACUGGAGGCCAGUCUCUCUGGAGUGGAGGAAGUGGCAGCCUGUCUUGUGUUCACCGAUGGGUCUUCACAACUCAGACCGACUGUGGUCAAAGGCAAAGUUGCUUGUCCAGGAGUUCCUACUGUGCAGGGACUUUGUUUAUCAUAUGCUGCUGCUGCAACGGGUCACGCCAACGAAGCCCCUCGUCUCAGUUACCUGUUUAUACCACUGACCAUGGCUAAUGAAUCACUAUUCUCCUGGUGCAGGGGCCAAUUACGUCGACUGCUACAGCAUUCUCGUGUGAUUGUGUACGGAGGUCAAAGAAUGGUGGCCACUGUCAUUUCCUGUUUAGAUAUCCUCGAGCACUCAAAUGAGUGGUUACAUUGGAAGGUGCUGGACCUACUUGUAGCCGAGUGGCUCCUAGAUCCGGAUCAUCCCCCCGAAAGUUUUGCUCAAGUAAUGGAGCGUUGUAAGCUAAGGAAGCCACCAACAACCUCUGAAUCUACAACAGACCUAUGCGGCGACGUGUCUCUGUUGGGACCUGCUAUGGUGUGUGUGUAUCAGAGGCUUCGGGAGGAAAACCUGUGGUUGCUUUUUGAAAGGAUUGAAAUCAAGGCCAUACCAAUUUUAGCAGGUAUGGAGGUUGCAGGAAUUCAAGUUAGCGCCAACAAGCUGCUUGGGUACGCAGAACUCCUCAAGAUUAAAAUUUCGAGGGUCGAGGAAGUAGCCUACAAGGCUGCAGGUCAUAAGUUCUCCAUCAAUAGUACAGCACAACUACGUGAGGUUCUCUUUGAGGAGCUCCACCUUGACAGUCUGUACGGUAGGACGUUAUCAAAGACCCAAGUCAAUAAAGUCAAGUCCACUUCAGAAUCAGUGCUAAAUCAACUGAAAGAAUUACACCCCUUGCCUGGGCUUGUCUUGGAGUAUAGACAGCUUUGCAAGAUCAAUGCCACAUAUAUAGCAGGGGUUCUUCCUUACAUAUCCAGAGACACUCUCAAGGCAUCCUGGCAGCACACUGGGACUGCUACUGGGAGACUGGUCUCAUGCAAUCCAAAUAUCCAGGCCUUCCCCAAACAGUCCAUCAACUUAGGAGUAGUCAAGAAGAGCUUUAUUGUGGGUAAAGAACCCGAGGAGGUGACCAUUGACAUUCGAGAGACAGUCGAGAGCCGGCCUGGGUUCACUUUCAUUGCUGCUGAUUUCAAAAGCAUUGAGCUACGUCUUGUGGCCCACUUCUCUAAAGAUGACCUGCUCCUCUCAAUACUCAACUCAAAUGCAACACCAGACGUGUUCGUUCACCUGGCGUCUGAAUGGUUAGGUGUGGCUGUAGACGCAGUGAGCCCCGUUCACAGAGAGAGGACAAAGAGGGUCGUGUACGCAGUUGUAUAUGGAGUGGGAAAGGAAAGACUUGCUGAGAUACUAAAUGUGGAGCCUAGCUAUGCAAAAGAUCUUACCAGUAGCUUCUUAAGCAAAUUUCCCGGAGUGAGAAAUUUCAUUCACAAAACUAUUGAGGAGUGUAGAAGCAAAGGUUACUUGGUGAGUAUAUGUGGGCGUCGCCGCUGGUUCCCUUCCAUCAACUCGGACAACCAUCAGUUGAGAUUACACACAGAGAGACAAGCAGUCAACUUUGUGGUUCAAGGCUCAGCUGCAGACAUAUGCAAGUGCGGUAUGAUAGAAGUGUCUCAACUGCUAGCCAGGAAUCACUCCAACUCACAGCUUCUUGUGCAAAUUCAUGAUGAGUUGAUCUUUGAAGUCCCUGACCUUGAAAUCCAAAAAAUUGCAGGCAUGCUUAAAUCAAGCCUGGAGAAGUUGGAUUUGCUCGACUACAAACUAAAGGUUCCGCUUGAAGUUCGGCUCACUGCUGGUAAAACAUGGUCAUCUCUCAAAGAGUUUUAGUGUGUCUAAAAGAGGACUUGUACAGUACUAUAAUUAUUAUAUAUGUCCAAUGCUAUUAUAUGAUGCAUGUCAAUUUGUUUUAUUCCAUUCACUGUUCCGCUUGAAGUUCGGCUCACUGCUGGCAAAAUAAUUAUCUCUCAAAGAAUUCUAAAAGAGGUGUACAGUGUAUAUAAUUAUGCCAUGAAUUGAUGCAUGUCAAUUUGUUUUAUUCCAUUCACUAUCCUUUACCAUGCAAGUGAAUGCACCCAUAGAGGGUCCCCUUGCUGCAUGCACCGGAUAGGUACUAGACACCCCUUAGCAACUAAAUAGGUAGCUUGAGCUAUAUAGCUGUGUGCGCUGCAAUCAACCCCUCUCCAACGGACAGUGUGUAUAUACCCUAAAUGGGAGCUUCUUCGAGCAAAAGGAGUGUUAAAAAAGAAGUUCGACCAAAUCUAGAUCUACCUUGGAUUCUGCAAACUUCCGGUAAUAGCGGAAGCGAUAGUGCCCCUGGAACUCCAACUAAUACUACAAUGGCCGACAAGUCAGACGAAGUUUUUGAGAAUGCUUGCUACGUUUUUGUAGUGUUUGGAGCCUCUGGUGAUCUUGCCAAGAAGAAGAUCUACCCCACUCUAUGGCGACUCUACCGAGACAAUCUGUUUCCCCCGGGUACCAAGAUUGUGGGCUAUGCUCGCUCCAGUCUCACUAUAGACAACAUCAAAGAGAAAUCUCAGCAAUACCUGAAG